GGAUAAACAAAAAAAUUCAAAAACAUGAAUUUUGUUCCGAAAUAUAUUAAAACGAAUGUAACAGCUAUAAAAACCGGUACAAGUGUUACAUUUAUCGGUAUCGGGGCUAACCUGCACGUUUUCUGUAACAAGUCUUACAGAUUACUCAAUAAAAUAACCGUAACAGAUACAAGGGGUCAACAAAUAUUCGGCAUAAUUCCUUUCCAAUCUAACAAGCUUCUAGUGAUUAGUGGCAACUUUUUGUUAAUUUUUAACACAAAUGAAGAUUAUUCCACGAUUAACGAAACCUCUCGAGCAGUAAUACGUGAAUGGAUUUUAGAAGCUAAAUUAUUGGAUGAUGAAACUAAAAUAGCCACAAUUUCAAUGCACAAUAAAAUCAACAUAUGGGAUACACAUUUAAAUCAAUUAGAAUCAGUUAAAUGUGAAGAAAAGUGCCUAUUAUACAGCGCUCAUUUAUGUUAUGACAACUAUAAUAAGUUAACAGCCCUCUCGGGCACUGUAUUUAACGAAGUUUUGAUAUGGAAAUUCCGUAAAGAUGAUUCUGGUUACUCUGUGGUUCUCAAAAGACUACAAAAACAUGAAGGGGUGAUAUUUUCCAUUCACGUAAAAGAUGAUUUAAUUUGUUCAACGUCAGACGAUAGAUCGGCAGUUUUAUGGAAAAUUGAAAGUGGAGAUCUACAUUCUGAAUUAAGUAAAGAACAUGUAAAUAUAUAUCCCUUGUGCCAAGUCUUUGGGCAUUUAUCGAGAGUUUUUAAAUGUAGAAUUCUGAAUGAUUGCUUUGUUACUGGAGGCGAAGAUUCCGUGUUAAACGUAUGGAGUUUAAAUGGAAAAUUGAAAAGAAAAGUGGAAACUAAUCAAGGCAGUACGAUAUGGUCUAUGGAUUAUGAUGAAUCGAAAAAUAUGCUCUUUGUUGGAGGAGACAAUGGUGGAGUACAUGCUUUUACAUUAGAUAUUAUGAUUAAAAAAGAAAAUAUAACCAUUCCACAAGGAGAGAAACCAAAAUUGAUAGCUAUGUUAGCUUCACACGGCAUUUUAAUAUUCACAGAAAGCGGAAUUUUAUUUGUUAAUAAAAAUAAUACUUGGAUAAGAAUUAAACAGUUUGAAGAUUUAAGAAGUUGUGUUACGCUAAAAGUGUCUAAAUGUAGAAAACUAGUCGCUCUAGCAGGCUUUAGGGGACAACUGUACAUUUACAAGGAAACUGAUCAUUCUUUGGAAAAUAUAUUCACAUAUCAACUAAAACGAGCAAUAAGAAUUACUUCAUGCUUCUGGCUCAGAUGCGAUUUACUCCUAGUAUGUCAAGAAGGAAUCCUAACUCUUCUAUUGCUAAACCAAAACGAAAUCAAACCGAUUAAUUUGUUUGUAUUACCAAAGAACGUCGAUUGCAUUAACACCGCGAUCGCAGUGAAAGAAAAUAUCAUAGUCGGUGAUCGAAAGGGGAACAUACAUUUGUAUAAAAUCGGCGAAACUUCGCCCGUACAAUCGUUGCGAAAAGUGCAUAAUUAUCUGGGAGUUACGAAUUUAUUACACUCUUCUAACAAUUUGGUGUCUUUAGGUCGAAACGGUACGAUCAAAACGUUCUCGAUGGCAAACGACAGAUUAGUAUUGAUGGCUUCGAAUAAGGUGCCUUACAAUUGGCUGGUGGAUGUAAUCGAUAAUUUUUUGAUAGGUUUUUCCGGGGAUAAUUUUAUUAUCUGGAACUGUGACACAAAAAGGAUAUUAUUAGAUGAAGUUUGUGGCGGUGGUCACCGAUCGUGGGACUUACUAAAAGCCGAAGGUACAUUUAAAUUCCUUUAUAUUAAGGAGAAGGCUGUUAAUAAACUCGAAUUCGACAUUAACGUUAAUAAAUCGUUCGAUUUGGUCGAAUGUUUUCAUCUCAAGGAAAUCAAUUGCAUGAGCUUCGUGCAAAUGCAAAAUCAGUAUUUGUUGGUUUCCGGAGGAGAAGAUACUACGCUUCGCUUGAGUUUGAUAGAUCGCGAUAAGAUUAAUUUUAGGAAUUUAAUGACAUUUAAAUCGCAUUUAUCUAGUAUAAGAACUAUCGCUAUUCAUAAGUUGGGGGGAGGAAAACAUGUAGAAUCGUAUUUAGUAUUCUCAGCUGGUGGUAGAGCUCAAAUUAUAUGCUGGACCUUGGAAAUGGAUUCUAAUAAUAGCGAGCAAGUAAUAUUGAGAGAGAAUCAUUCUUAUUAUGAAAUAAUCGAUAACAAAGAGUCUGAAACGAGGAUUAUGGAUCUGUGCGUAGUUGAAUUGGAUGAUAUAUUUCUAUUUGCUGCUUGUUCGGACGGAUGUAUCAAAAUAUUUACUGUAGAAAAUAACCACAAUGACUUUAAAAUGAACCUCCGUUUGACGGUUUUUUAUAAAUUAAGAUGCAUUUUUAAAGUAUUUCAUUUAAAAGUUUUUAAUAAGAUUAUUUUAGCUACUCUGGCUAGUGACGGAUGUUUAGUGUUUUGGAAUGUAGAAGAAAUGCUUUCGUGUGAAUCAGUAAAGCCGUUUUCUAUUAUACAGUCACAUCAAUCUGGAAUUAACACGAUUUCUAAAUUACAAAUCGAUCCUACUUCAUUUCUGUUUCUAACGGCCGGAGAUGAUAACACAAUAGUGCUCAAUUAUUUAAAGUUUUAUGAUAACGAAGAUAUUUAUGUGAAAGUUAUAGAUACAUUCAGAGAUGCUGGAUCUCAUUGGGCGCAAAUAACCGGUUCUUUCAUCGAUAAUAACUAUUUUUUAACCGCUUCAGUUGAUCAAAGACUGAUGUUGUACAAAUGGCAAAUUGACAACGAGAAACUAAUUUGCCAGAGCGUUUCCAAAUAUAACUCAUCAAUAGCCGAUUUAAAAGGACUUUUGUACUUCGGGGAUGCAAAUUUUAAUAUUUUAGUUUACGGUUUGGGUAUAGAAAUAGUGAAUCUUGUAAAUAAA